AUGAUGAUGAAAACAAAAAGCUUUCAUUGCAGUAUCUUCUUACUUCUCUCUAUACUUCUUCUCUCGGCAACCCUUUCUCUGUGUCACCAUGAUCAUGACCAUAAUUUAAGGCAAUGUAGAGAGCGUUGUGAAGAAAAACAAAAAUACCAGCAAAAAAGAUGCCUCAGAGACUGUCAAGAAAAAUAUGGAGGAACAGGAUGGGAAUCAACAGAAGAAGAAAGAGAAACAAGUCAUGAACAUAACUCACGUUGGGAAGAAGAGCAACAGGAGCAACAACAGAAUAAUCCUUACUUCUUUGAUGAAGAAAACUUUAAUGACAGGUUUAGAACACAAGAAGGAUAUAUUAGGGUGUCGCAGAGGUUCUCUAAGAAAUCAAAGCUACUUCAAGGGUUCGAUAAUUAUCGUUUUUCGUUUUUUGAAGCUAAUCCUCAUACUUUCGUAGUCCCUAGUCACAUUGAUGCUGAGUAUAUCUUAUACGUUGUGAAAGGGAAAGGAACGAUAAGUUUGGUGAAUCAAGAAAACCGAGAGACAUACAAUCUGGAACGUGGAGACGUGCUCAGGAUCCCAGCUGGGACGAUGCUCAAUGUGGUGAACAGAGACAGCAAACAGAAGCUACAGUUUGCUGAAUUCUUCCAGUCCAUCUCCGUUCCAGGCAAAUUCAGGGACUACAUUGGAAUGGGAGGGCAGAAUCCAGAGUCAUAUUUCAAUAGCUUUAGUGGUGAAGUACUUCAAGCUGCUUUCAAUACACCAAGGGAUAAAUUAGAAAGGUUAUUUGGACAACAAAAGAAAGGAAUGAUAAUCAAAGCAUCAGAAGAACAAAUUAAGGCAAUCAGUAAACAUGCAUCAGAGAGUCACCAGAAGAGGAAAGAAAGAUUAUCAAGUGGACCCUUUAAUCUGUUGCAGAAGUCUCCAUUACAUUCUAACAAGUACGGAAAGCUAAUUCAAGUUGAUGGAAAUGACUACAAUCAGCUUCAAGAUCUUGAUAUGUCUGUUACCUUCACAAACAUCACCAAGGGUGGAAUGAUGGCGCCAUUUUACAAUACAAAAUCAAGUAGAUUUGUGAUGGUAGUCGAGGGUCAAGGUUACUUUGAAAUGGCGUGUCCACAUAUCUCUAAAACACAACAAAGAGGACAAAGAACACAAGAACAGGAAGAAACAGAACAAGAAGGGGUACAUUACCAAAGGAUUAAGGCACAACUUCGCCCAAGAACAGCCUUUGUAAUCCCGGCAGGUCAUCCUACCACCAUUGUUGCAUCCAAAAACGAGAAUUUGCAGAUGGUCGUAUAUGGAAUCAAUGCCCGUGAUAAUCAGAAAAACUUCCUUGCAGGGAAAGAGAAUGUUAUGAACCAGAUUAGUAGAGAAGCCAAGGAAUUAGGGUUCAAUGUGGAAGCAACAGAGGUGGAAGAGAUCUUCAGCAACCAGAAAGAAUCUUUCUUUCUUCCAGGGCCUCAGCAGCAGCAGCAACAACAAAAACAACAGAAAGGAGAGGAAGGGGUGCAUCAUGUACCCUUGAGUUCCAUCUAUGAUUUUGCUGCCUUCUAA